UCCUUUCCUUCCAGGGCUGGAAGUGCUUUGUGUUUUUGAGUCUUCGUUUCAUUUCGCGGUCAGCUGUAUUUUGAGUGCGUGGCGGUCGUCUUUCUCGUCUGGAGAGGGGCUGGGCGCCACGCUCGGACUCCUCUGCCUACGAGGCCGCGGCGAUUGCGGCGGCGGGACCCGGAGCGGGUGGAGUGCAGCACGGUGUCGGAGCCGCUCGGUUUCCGGCUACCAUGCUUUGCUGUGAUAUUUGUGGUGAAACAGUAGCUUCAGAACCUGAUAUGAAGACUCACCUCCUAAUUGUUCACAUGGAAAAUGAAAUUACUUGUCCGUUUUGCAAGUUGUCGGGGGUAAAUUAUGAUGAGAUAUGUUUUCAUAUUGAAACAGCUCAUUUUGAGCAGAAUACAGUAGAAGGAAAUUUUGAGAGGACAGACACAACACAGUUUGGGAUUUCAGAUAACAAGGACAAUACCCUACAGAGUACUGGGGAAGUUAAUUCAAGUGAUCAUUCGGCAUGUGCAUCUAACCCUCCAAAAAGUUCAGCGCAAAGCCUGCCUAAAGAUGUUCCUUUAAAACAGGAAGCCUUUUACUCAGAAAACUUAACAGAAUCUAGAAAAAUGCUGAAAAGCAGGGAAAAGCAGUCUGGAUUGUCUGAAAUAAAAGGAUCAACUUAUGAAGCAGUGUAUAGUCUUCCUGACUGUCCAUUUUGUGGCAAAGUAGAGGCAUGUAGUGACGAUAUGGAAAUCCACAUGAAAACAAAACAUGCCAAUGUUUUGGAAGAUCAACCACUCUAUGACUGUCCUAUGUGUGGGCUCCUUUGUACAAAUUACAGUAUUCUCCAGGAACAUGUCAACUUGCAUUUAGAAGAAAGCACCUAUAGACAAGGCAUGGAUGAAGUACAGUGUUCUAGUGAUCUAGAAUUGGCUUUCCAGCUUCAAAAGCAAGAAGACAGAAAGAGGAAAUCUGAGGAAUCCAGACAAGAAAUGGAAGGAUUUCAAAAACUACAGCGACAAUAUGGUUUAGAUAAUUCUGGAGGAUAUAAACAACAGCAGUUACGGCAAAUGGAAAUAGAAGUAAAUAGGGGACGAAUGCCUCCAUCUGAAUUUCAUAGAGUAAAAGCUGGCAUGAUGGAAUCACUGGCUCUUGGUAUUGAUGAUGGGCAAACAAAAACUUCUGGGAUUAUUGAAGCUCUUCAUAGAUACUAUCAGAACAUUGCCACAGAUGUGAGGCAUGUGUGGCUUUCUGCAGUGGUGGAUCAUUUUCAUUCAUCUUUAGGUGACAAAGGUUGGGGAUGUGGUUAUAGAAACUUCCAGAUGCUACUUUCAUCAUUAUUACAAGAUGAUACUUUUGAUGAUUGCUUGAAAGGUAUGUCUAUUCCUUGCAUUCCAAAAAUUCAGGCAAUGAUUGAAGAUGCGUGGAAGGAAGGUUUUGAUCCUCAAGGAGCCUCUCAACUCAAUAACAGGUUACAGGGAACAAAGGCUUGGAUCGGAGCAUGUGAAAUAUACACACUUCUGACCUCCCUGAGGGUGAAGUGCCGUAUUAUUGAUUUCCACAAGCCAACUGGUCCCUUGGGUACACAUCCUCGCUUGUUUGAAUGGAUAUUGAACUAUUAUUCUUCAGAGAGGGAAGGGGAUUCAAAGGUCGUAUGUACAUCUAAACCUCCUAUCUAUCUACAACAUCAAGUACAUUUUCGGGUAAUGAAUGAUGGUAUUCCUGGCUUCUAGAGGGCCUUUGUCUUCUUUCGUGGUUCAUACUUUACUUCCUUCAAGUCUUUAUCCAGAAGUCACUAAGAUGAAGCCCUCCCCACCAGCCGUCUCCUUAUAUAAAAGCACAGCUCUACCCCAGACUGUCACCACUGGUAUUUCCUUUACUUGUUUAUCUUGUUUAUAGAGGGUCUCUUUCUAUUAGAAUAGAAGCUCUAUGAAGACAGGCACAUUUGUCUGUCUUGUUUGCUGAUAAAUAACUUACUACUGGGAUAGUGCCUGGAAUGCAGAUAUUUAACAAAUACUGUUGAAUGGAUGGUCUGAACUGACAGAAAUAAAGUGAAACAAUCACUGUUGAGGGUAUGGAACAUAAAGAUGAAGUUCUCUAUUCUGCUAUUCUAGUAUAUUUAACUUCAUUUUGUUCACCUUUUGUUUUAUGCUAGGUAAAUAUCUAGUCCUUUCCUUUGAUAUUAUUUCAAUGAGAAAUUGGGAAAGGAAAAGUGACAUGUGGUAAAAUAGCUGCAGAAUUUUUUGUAAUGGAGUCUUUAAAAAUCUAAAAGUAAGCAAAAAAGUGAAAGGAAGUAGAACGAAUCAUUUGUUUUAAGAGAUCUCAGAUACAUAAACAUCAGAAACUAACAAUGUUUAUAUUCUAAAUGCACUUCCAUAUAUCCACAUGCUGUAUAGAGUAAUUAUACCAGAAUAAUUAUACAAUAUUUGUGUGUAUAGCAUAGAUAUUAU